AUGGCUCACUGCUUCAGGUUCGUGCUCGGGGUGUUAUUGUUGACAGCCACAUCAACCGCUGACACGGAGGCAGGUCGAAAAUUUGAGAUACAGAACGACCGCUUCGUCAAGAAUGGCGAGCCUAUCCAGAUUAUCUCGGGCGGGAUUCAUUACUUCCGCACGCUUCCAUACUACUGGGAGAAUCGCAUCCUGAAAAUAAAGGCGAUGGGCAUGAACGCCUUGGAAACUUAUGUGCCUUGGAAUUAUCACGAACUGAGUCCUGGGAGUUUCAAGUGGGAUGGGCAGCAAGAUUUGGAGGCCUUCAUCAGACUUGCCGCAAAGCAUGACAUGCUUGUCAUCCUCCGCCCCGGACCUUAUAUUUGUGCAGAGUACAACUUUGGAGGUCUUCCGGCUUGGUUGGGGUCAUCUGUGGUGUCUGGUGGCGGUACUAUGAAGCUCCGAAGCAGUGACCCGCUCUACCUGGCGCACGUCGAUCGAUACUGGAACGAACUGCUUCCCCGCAUGACGCCCCUGCUGUACUCCAAUGGUGGCCCCAUCGUGAUGGUUCAAGUUGAAAAUGAGUUCGGCUUCAUUGGAAUUGAGGAAGGGCAGGACGACACAUACAUCCGCCAUUUAGUCAAACUCGCCAAGAAUGCCCUGCGUGAUGAUGUGCUCCUGUUCACAACUGAUCCAUGGAACAAGGCCUGGGCAGGGUCCCUCCCGACCAACAAUGAAGUUUACACCCCUGGAUGGUUCAUGCGCAUGGGCGGCCAGGAAAACCGCUUGAAGGAUGCUUGGGGCCACGACAUUACUAUCCCUACAGUGGAGUACAAUGAUGGCAAACUAGAGCCCUACCUACAUUGGCAACCCAUCAUCCAGUCAUAUGACUAUGACGCGCCAAUCAGCGAAGCAGGCGACUACGGGCAGCCAGGCAUCGGACCUCCUCCUACGGGCCCUCCCAACAAAUUCCUUGCUAUCCGUGACAUGAUUCAGAAACACACCGGGGUUGAGCUGCCGGCUGUGCCGCCGCGGCCCCAGUUUGUUGCAUAUGGCCAAGUGGCGCUGACUCAGCAGGGCACGCUGCUGAGUCAGCUGGGUAACCUAGUGACUGGACCGGGAAUCUACUCAGCUGUGCCCAAGCCCAUGGAGGAGUAUGGGCAGUGGGACGGCUUGAUUCUCUACAGGACCAGCGUUGCUGCAUCAGAGCUCAACGGCACUUCGGUACUCUUUGCCGGCAGCAAAGUCCGCGACUCGGCUGUGAUCCUCGCCGACGGCGCCUAUGUGGGCAGCCUCGAGCGGGAUGGAAAACUGGCCGUGGUGCUCAAUAGCGCGGCCGGCAAGGUGGCACGCGCGAACGAGGGCAACAACGUGACCCUGGACAUUUUGGUCAUGCAAAUAGGCCGCAGUAACUUUGGCCGCCAGUAUGACCUCAAGGGCCUCGUCUCAGGCCUCGUCACCAUCAACAAGAAGCCGCUGAAGGGCUGGCGCGUGUUCAACCUGCCGCUGGAAUCCCUGGACGCCCUCAAGCUCCCGGUCGUCUCGGCAGCAGCCGCCCCUGCGAACACUUCUGCCGCCGCAUCCGCGGCCGUCAGGGCGGCGGCCGGGCCGGCCGCCCGCGCGCGCGCGCAGCCGCAGCCGGCGCGCCCCGUCAGCCUGGCGGCUGUGGACCCCGUCAGGGCACACAUUGCAGAGGAGCUAGAGGAAGCCGCGCGUACCGGGGCGUUCCCUGCCAUUGCAGCAGUGGUGGCCAGCGACGGCGGUGAGUCCUGCCCGGCCGCGCCAGCCGGCAACGGCAGCGCCGCAGCCGCCCCCAGCCCGGCGGCUGACGGCCCCACCUUCUACCGGGGAUACUUCAGCGUCAACGGCAGCCUUGCAAACGCCGAUGGCGUGCUCCCGGACACCUACCUGGACAUUGGCAACUUUGACUGGGCCAAGGGCCUCACCUUCAUCAAUGGCUUCAAUCUGGGGUAUUACUGGCCUCAGAUUGGCCCCCAGUACACCAUGUACGUGCCUGGGGUGUUGCUGAAGGCGUGCAACAACGAGCUGACUCUGCUCGAGCUGGGCACCACCAUGAAGGCCAACGCUGCUGCAAAGGUGGCGUUCACAGACAAGCCGGACUUGUACUACAGGCCCAAGCCCGCAAGCGCUUCCACGCUGGCCUGA